AUGGCCGGGGUCCGCCCCCCCCCCGGCCUCGUGCCCUUUGAUCCGUCCAGGCCCGGCGCCUGCACGGCGCCGGGGGCGGAGCGAGAGGCGUGGUUAGGGGCGUGGUCAGGAGGGAGAGGGCGUGGUCGAGCGGAGUAUAAAAGCCGGCGCUCCCACCCCGGCCCCCCCCACUCUGGGCCAGCGAUAGCGGAGCGUAGAUCAUGGAGGCAGAGACGGAAUCCCCCCCCCCGCGACCUAGAGCUGUCGGCGCUUGAAGCCGAAAAAGAGCCGAUGGCGGCGAGAGCGGAGAACGAGGAUGAAGAGGAAGAAGAAAGGGGGGGCCCUGCCCCCCCCGGGCCCGAUCCUGUCCCCCUCCCCGGCAGCGAAAAGAACGGCUUGGUGAAAAUCCCAACGGAUGAAGAAUUGGGGGGGGGCCCCGACGUUUCAGGGGGUUGUAAAUUUACAGGUUUAGGGAAAGAAGAAUUAUUGCGGGCGGCGGGGGCCCCCCCCUGGGCGAAGGCUCGAGCUCUCCUCCUCUUCCUCUUCUGGCUCGGCUGGUUGGGGAUGUUGGGGGCCGCCGCCGCCAUCGUCGCCCGGGCCCCCCGCUGUCGACCCCUGCCCCCCCGCGCUUGGUGGGAGUUGGGGGGGCUUUAUCGAGCCCCCCCGCGUCCCUUUGCGGGGGACUUGAAAGGCGUGGCGGCGCGGCUGGAUCACGUGGCGGGGCUGCACAUGCGGGGGCUGGUGUUGGGGCCGCUGCACCCCCAAAUCUCAGGGGAUCCCCGAAAUUCCUCCCUGGAGCAACUGGAUCCGCUGCUGGGUUCUCUCCAGGACUUUGCCGAUCUCCUGCAGACAGCCAAAAAAAAGGGGCUGCAGGUGAUCCUGGAUUUGACCCCCACUAUUUUGGGGGGGGCGGCCUGGCUCGGGCCAGAGGUGGCCGAGGACCCCGGAUUCCAUGAGAAGGUCAAGCGGGCGCUGAGCGUGUGGCUGGAGCGCGGCGUCGCCGGCUUUUUCCUGGACGGCAUCGAGGAGCUGCAGCCCUCAGUGGUGGCCGAGUGGAGGAACCUGACGGAGCAGAACAGCCCCGACGGCGUCCCCAGGGUGCUGGUGGGGGGCACCCGCCUACGGGACCCCCCCCAAGCUGUUGGCGCUGCUGAAUUCCUCCGGGGUGGGGCUGGUGCUGGGACCCUUCCUGGAGGCGCUGGGGGCCGACCCCCCCGGUUCCGCUAUCGCCCCCCAACUGCUGGACUUCUUGCGCCCCCAAAUCCCCCUGGCCUGGAGUGUGGGCUCCCCCCUGCAGCACCUGGGGGGGCUGAGCCCCCCCCGCGCCCCCCAGCGCUGCUGCUGCUCUGGGGCCGCCUCCCCGGGACCCCCGUCCUCAGUUACGGUGACGAGGUGGGGCUGGGAGACCCCCCCAGCGCCCCCCCGGGCCUGGAGCUGACCCCGAUGCCCUGGGACGUCAUCGAGGGGAUCGAGGAGGGCGACAACAGCACCGAGGCCCGCCUGCUGGAGCUGUGCCGUCACCUGGGUGCCCUGCGGGUGCGGGAGCGGUCAUUGUCGCUGGGGGAGGCAGAGGCCAUCCCCGCCGGCCAGGCGGCCGCUUUCCUGCGGAGCUGGGACCAGAGCGAGCGGUUCCUGGUGGUCCUGAAUCCCGGGAAUCAGCCCCUCCACCUGGCCCUGGAGGACGCCCGCCUGCCCCCCCAAGCCACCCUGCGCCUCAGCACCCACCGUCCGCUCCCCCAGGACCCUCAGGUCGAUCUGGGGAACUUCGAGCUACUGCCUUACGAGGGGCUGCUGCUCAGCUUCCCCUACACCCCAUAGCGCCCGCCCUGCCCCACGGCAUCUGUGGGGCAGGAGCAGGGUGCCCCCCCCACUUCUCCCCACCCCAGCACCCACAGGACAGGGUGACACCCACCCCCCCAGCACCCACAAGUGGAUCGAGCCCCCCCUCUCCCCCCCCAACACCCACAGAACAGGGGGACACCCCCCUCCCUACCCAGCACCCACAAGUGGAGGGGCCCCCAGCACCCAUCAGAGCCUGGGGGGCACCUACAGCACCUACAUGUGGCCUUACAGCCCCCCCCCCCGCCCCCCCCAGCACCCAGAAGCUGGGGGGGAUCCAAUACCCAAUCCCCCUCACCCAUUUUGGGCAGGGGGUCACUUCCCACCCCAUGCACCCCCCCCCAUUUUGCCUCCCCCCCCCGUUUUGGGGGUGCCCCCCCCCAUUCCCCUGGGUCUUUGGGGGGGGUUCCUUCUUCCCCUCCCACACACUCCAGUUUGGGGGGGUCCUUGGCAGUAUUGGGGUCCCCAGGGUGGGGGGGCCCCCCUUUGUCCCUGGGGGGGCUUUUGGUGAAUAAAUGAGCUGCAUUUGUGCCCCUGA